CGAGAAACCACACUUUGUCCGGAGCUGUGCAAGCUGCCAUACGCUGUGGGAUCGAGACAUCAAUGCAGCCAGGAACAUGAUCUCGGUAUGCCAGUCGAUCAUCGCCACAGGAGAUCGACCGAAUGUAUUCAAGACUGUGCUUCCGGACCCACCCAAAACAAAGAGAUUGCCAACCAGGACGGGAAACAAUCGCACGACCUGCCCACUGGGGUCUACGGAUCAGCAGACCUGUGUCGCUGAUGCCAGGAAGUGACUGUCCCGUUUCUUUCUGGUUUGACUGUAUGAUUCUCGAAGGGCUAGCGCUACGAGGACAUGCCAUCGCACAGUGUCAUCUCGGCGAGAUGAUUGAGGAUGGACUCACUCCCCAGCCCAAGGACGGCCCCAGCAUGACGUGGUGGUACGCACAGGCUGCAGCACAAGGGUACCCUGAAGCUCAAUACGCUCUUGGACGCUGUCAUUUGAUGGACGAUGAACGUCUCGACUUGGCCAUGUUCUGGUUCGAGCUGGCAGCUCGGAACGGACAUGGAGAUGCGAUUGCGAUGCUUUGAAAAUACAGUCAUUCAUACCACCACACACAUACAA